AUGAAGAAGACGACUCAAAUCAUCCUCCUCUUUCUUCUCCUCAGUAUCUCUCAUUCUCUCUCGAUCUCUUCUCACGGCUCUCUCUCCGACAGCGAAGUCCGUCACAUUCAACGCCGUCAGCUACUCGAAUUCGCCGAGCGCGGGGAGAAAGUCACCCUCGAUCCAUCUCUCGUCUUCGAAAACCCUAGAUUACGAAAUGCUUACAUAGCUCUUCAAGCUUGGAAACAAGCAAUCCUCUCUGAUCCUUUCAAUUUCACCGCCAAUUGGAUUGGAUCCAAUGUAUGUAACUACACCGGCGUUUUCUGUUCUCCGGCGGUCGAUAACCGGAGGAUCCGCACCGUCGCCGGAAUCGAUCUAAAUCACGCCGAUAUCGCCGGGUAUUUACCUGAAGAGCUUGGUUUGUUAUCGGAUCUCGCUUUGUUUCAUGUAAACUCGAACCGGUUUUGUGGUACUGUACCACACCGGUUUAACCGGCUUAAGCUUUUAUUCGAGCUUGAUCUCAGUAAUAACCGGCUUGCCGGGAAAUUUCCUACGGUCGUUCUCCGGUUACCGUCGUUGAAGUUUUUAGAUCUCCGGUUUAAUGAGUUUGAAGGAACUGUACCGAAAGAGCUUUUUAGUAAAGAUCUAGACGCAAUUUUCAUAAACCAUAACCGGUUCCGGUUUGAGUUACCAGAAAAUUUCGGAGACUCGCCGGUUUCUGUCAUCGUCUUGGCGAAUAAUCGGUUCCACGGUUGCAUCCCGUCGAGUAUGGUGGAGAUGAAGAAUCUCAAUGAGAUCAUCUUUAUGAACAAUGGGCUCAAUUCGUGUUUACCGGUGGAUAUCGGACGUUUGAAAAACGUGACGGUGUUUGAAGUCAGCUUUAAUGAGCUUGUUGGGCCGUUGCCAGAGAGUGUCGGUGAAAUGGUUUCCGUGGAGCAGCUUAAUGUGGCGCAUAAUAAGCUAUCCGGGAAGAUUCCGUCAAGUAUCUGCCAGUUGCCGAAGCUUGAGAACUUUACUUUUAGUUACAAUUUCUUUACCGGAGAAGCGCCGGUCUGUCUUAGAUUGCCGGGGUUUGAUGAUCGGAGAAAUUGUUUGCCGGCGAGACCGGCUCAGAGGUCUCCAAGGCAAUGUCAAGCGUUCUUAUCUCGUCCACCGGUAAGUUGUGGAUCGUUAAGAUGUGGCCGUUCGGUUUCACCUCGUCCUCCGAUUGUAACCCCAUUACCGCCGCAGGCUCUGCCGUCUCCACCACCGUCGCCAAUUUUCUCUUCUCCUCCAGUAUAUUCUCCACCUCCAACACCACCACCAGUUUACUCUUCUCCACCGCCGCCUCCUAUUUAUUCUCCACCCUCACCACCACCACCACCACCUCCUCCUCCUCCACCAGUAUCUUCCCCUCCGCCGCCACCACCUCCUCCACCGCCACCACCACCUCCUCCGGUUUAUUCCCCUCCCUCACCACCACCGCCUCCUCCCGUAUAUUCUCCUCCACCACCAUCACCACCUCCUCCUGUUUAUUUUCCUCCACCACCACCUCCUCCUCCGGUAUAUUCUCCACCUCCACCAGUAUAUUCUCCUCCGCCAGUUUAUUCUCCUCCGUCAUCUCCAACACCAACUCCCGUGUACUGCACCCGACCACCACCACCACCACCGCAUUCACCGCCGCCACCACCGCCACAAUUUUCUCCUCCACCCCUUGUUCCAUACUACUACAGCUCACCCCCACCACCGAAUUAUUCACCACCACCACCGCAUUAUUCACCUCCGCCACCAAUGUAUCCAUAUCUCUCUCCACCUCCCCCACCAACGCCAGUGUAUCACAGCUCACCGCCUCCACCAUCGGUUUAUUCCCCUCCUCCCCCACCUUCAUGUAUAGAACCACCACCACCUCCACCAUGCAUAGAGUACUCACCACCUCCUCCACCGGUCGUCCAUUAUAGCUCACCCCCUCCACCACCAGUCCAUUUCAACUCUCCGCCGCCACCGGAAGUCUAUUACAGCUCACCUCCUCCACCGCCAGUCCAUUACAGCUCUCCACCCCCACCGCAAAUCCAAUACAACUCUCCGUCGCCACCUCCAGUCCACUACAGCUCUCCGCCACCGCCACCAGCGCCGGUGGUUCACCACACUCCACCGCCACCAACUCCUGAAUAUGAGGGGCCAUUACCGCCGGUCAUCGGAGUAUCAUAUGCUUCUCCUCCACCUCCACCGUUCUAUUGA